AGCGCUCGCUCACCAGCCCCACCCGCGCCUUAUCUUGCAGAGCGCUGACUCCACUCCCGGGACCUCGGCAGGAUGGAAGAGAAGCUGAAGAAAACCAAGAUCAUCUUCGUGGUGGGCGGGCCUGGCUCGGGGAAGGGCACCCAGUGUGAGAAGAUUGUCCAGAAGUACGGCUACACCCACCUGUCCACCGGGGACCUCCUUCGGGCCGAGGUCAGCUCGGGCUCGGCCAGGGGCAAGAUGCUGUCGGAAAUCAUGGAGAAGGGGCAGCUGGUGCCGCUGGAGACAGUGUUGGACAUGCUCCGAGACGCCAUGAUGGCCAAGGUGGAGACUUCCAAAGGCUUCCUGAUCGAUGGCUACCCUCGGGAGGUGCAGCAGGGCGAAGAGUUUGAGCAGCGGAUCGGACAGCCCACCCUGCUGCUGUAUGUGGACGCAGGCCCCGAGACCAUGACCCAGCGGCUCCUGAAGCGUGGAGAGACCAGUGGGCGUGUGGACGACAACGAGGAGACCAUCAAGAAGCGGCUGGAUACCUACUACCAGGCCACGGAACCCGUCAUCGCCUUCUAUGAGAAACGGGGCAUCGUGCGCAAGGUCAAUGCCGAAGGCUCCGUGGACAGCGUCUUCUCCCAGGUCUGCACCCACCUGGAUGCCCUCAAGUAGCAACACGGGCCUGGAGCCCCUUCCCCAGCUCAGAGCCCAGCCCCACCCCUGUCCUGACUCAGGAGUCCUGGCCUGAGCUCAGCGCCUCCACCCUGCCCGGCGGGAGCACAGACAGAGGAAGCCACUUUAUCCUGUUUUCACGGACAGCUGAGCACUAAAGGAAUUUCCGAGGACA